AAGAGUUGCCUUAGAUCUAUUUUUCCCUUUCAGGGUAACGAAUAUUUCUACUUUCUGGCCAGAUAACUAGUCAAAAUGUCAUCGAAUCGAAAAGAAAGUCCCCACAAAAAGAGCAAGACAAGCGUGAACAAGGCCAAAAAGAAUCCUUCCGCCAUUAUAUCGGUCCUUUGUCCGGAUGUCAAAAAGCCCAAGAAGGAACCCAAGCCAGGGGAUGAGAUCAAGGACUGUCCCCGAGUGAAGAGCUACAAGUCCGAGGCCGACAAGCGAACAUAUCUUGAACAGGAGGUGGUGCCCAUUAUGAUGGAGGGAAUGCUGGGAUUGGCUCGCGAAAUGCCCCGCGAUCCCAUCGGUUACUUGGAGAAGUUCUGGCUUGAGAACAAGCACAAGUGCGAUAUUGAUUUGCCACAGAAUAUACUUUGAUAUACGUAUCAAUCCCAGUGUAACCCAAUCAAAUUUCAAAUUAUCAGCUGAUUAAAUG